AUGACAUUAUUAAAAUGACCUUAAGUUAUCGCUUUGUAUAUGAUCAUAACUGAUUUUAUAUCACACACACACAUUCAAUUUGUUUUAACAUAAUAUCAGUUUUGUGGCAGGAUUCUUUAAAAAUAACAUCUCAGGUUACACAUGCAACUGUAGAUGCCAUCUGUAUGACAUGUACACUACAUAUACUGUACAUUUGGUGGUUUAGUGUGGUAUGAACUUUUAAGAUCUGCCGUGACUACGGUAUGUGAUGAUCCUUCGACGGUUACAUUGGUAAUUCCAUCAGUGCUGUUUGAAAAUACGGGGAAAACAAUGAAUGAGACUUCAUUUAACUGAACCCUACAUGAAACGAAAAAUCAUGGUAUAAAGCUGAAUUGCAUCAUUGGGACAUACAAUUUGAAAUGGAGGACAUUCCAAUAUUAGAAAAGGAUGCUGUUGAUAAAAACUCUUCAUAUUGGUCUUAUACCACACUAAGUGAAGAAAUUAACAUGUACAUCAAAGCUGAACCUGAAGAAAAUCCAACACGAAACAAAAAGAGUGAAAUAAACGAUUCUCAAAAUAUUGAAAAGGAACCAAAAUUAAAUGGAGACUAUAAUUUAAAACAAGUUGUUGAAAUUGAUUCACUAGCAAAAGAAGAAAUGCAAGAUUGUUCUUUUUGUAAGAAAAGAGUUCCAAAAGAUGAUAUCAAAUUUCAUAUGAAAAAACACACGAAGGAUUUCUCAUGCGACAUAUGUAGCAGACAUUUUAAACAAUUUCAGGGAUUGAAAAAUCACUAUGCAACCCAUACCGGUGUAAGGAAGUAUAAGUGUGAAUAUUGUGAUAAAAAAUUCAGUGAUUUAGCAACUCUUAAAGAACACACUAAUAUACAUACUGGUAAUAAACCAUAUGUGUGUGAUAAGUGUGGAAAAUCUUUCAAUCACCACAGCUCUCUUGGAAAACAUCAAUAUACACAUAGUGAUGAUAAACCUCAUAUUUGUGAGGUAUGUGGACGUGGAUUCAAACGUAAGGAUAUUCUGAAGGAACAUACUAAGGUCCAUACUGGUGAGGCAACAAGGAAGUACAAAACAAUUAAGGAAUAUAGAUGUCAAGUGUGUAAUAAAGUGUGUAGAAAAAGUUCUCAUCUGACCAUACAUAUGAGGGUUCACACGGGUGAGAAACCCUUCCAGUGUGAACUCUGUGACAGAAGAUUUCCGUCAAACGAAGAUAAAAAAAAACAUAUGAAAGUUCAUAAAGAUUAACAGGAUUUUUGAAGCAUUUCAAAUUUUCAACUAUCAUUCCAACUUGGUUUUUUUUUUAUCACAUUCUAUUUUAUUUGGCCUGAGAUAAUUAUACAUAUAUAUAUAUAUAUAACGUCAAUAUUGCAACCACCACAGAACAAAUAAAAUUUUUGUUUGUUCACACAACAUGUUGCUGAAAUGAUCUAGUGAAACUCAAUUGAUCAGAAAGGUCCCUUAUGAGCUUAUUUAGGAAUUUGUUGAACAUGUUCUCUUUUUAGAUUCAGGUCUGUUUUGUUUUUGAAGUGAUUUUUGUUUGUAUACUAAUUCAAAUGAGAUUUUCAUGUAUAUAUUAUGAUUAUUUAUUUUGCUCAAUAAAUUAUGUUAAGUUG